CAUUCAUAUGGAAGCACUGCAAACGUGAACACAUUCUGUUUUUGUCCAGAGAAACUCAGGGAACUUUGGGGUGGUUUCAGGACACGAUGGAUUCAAAAAUGGUCUCUCUGUUGUAUGGGAUUAUUCUUGUGACUGGAAUGAAUAUCGCUGGCACAUACGCGCAGAGAGAAUGCACUAAGAGGAAAGUGGACCUUGCCUUCCUGUUUGAUGGGUCAGAAAGCCUGACAGCAGACGAUUUUAAGAAGAACAAAGACUUCAUUGCUGACAUGAUGAAGACACUUUCAAAUGCCCCUAUACAGUUUGCAGCAAUGCAGUUUUCGAAGACGUCCCGCACUGUUUUCACCUUUAAAGACUACCAGGCAAAGAAGGCAUUGGAUCUCUUAGAAAAGGAACAACACAUGAAUGGCCUCACCAACACAUAUGGUGCAAUGUACAAUGUUCUACACAUAAUUUUGAACAGCACAACAGCUGGUGCCAUUCCAGAUGCUACAAAGGUUCUAGUCAUCAUCACAGAUGGAAAUCCAUCUGACAAGGAUUGGAAAAAUGUCGUGAAACCUAUGGAUGACAGGCAUAUCACCCGUUAUGUUAUUGGGGUUGGGAAUGUCGCCCGGGAGACACUGACAGCCCUGUCAUCACAUCUCCCAAACAAGAAUACUACCUUCCCCAUAAAUGACUACGAUGGACUGAAGGGAGUCUUGGAUAGUCUACAGAAACAGAUCUACAACAUUGAAGAAUGCACUAAGAGGGAAGUGGACCUUGCCUUCCUGUUUGAUGGGUCAGAAAGCCUGAAAGCAGACGAUUUUAAGAAGAGCAAAGACUUCAUUGCUGACAUCAUGAAGACACUUUCAAAUACCUCUACACAGUUUGCAGCAAUGCAGUUUUCGAAGACGUCCCGCACUGUUUUCACCUUUAAAGACUACCAAGCAAAGACGGCAUUGGAUCUCUUAGAAAAGGAACAACACAUGAAGGACCUCGCCAACACAUAUGGUGCAAUGAACAAUGUUCUACACAGUAUUUUGAACAGCACAACAGCUGGUGCCAUUCCAGAUGCUACAAAGGUUCUAGUCAUCAUCACAGAUGGAAAUCCAUCUGACAAGGAUUGGAAAAAGGUCGUCAAAACUAUGGAUGACAGGCAUAUCACCCGUUAUGUUAUUGGGGUUGGGAAUGUCGCUCGGGAGACACUGACAGCCCUGUCAUCACAUCUCCCGAACAAGAAUACUACCUUCCCCAUAAAUGACUACGAUGGACUGAAGGGAGUCUUGCAUAGUCUACUGAUACAGAUCUACAACAUUGAAGAUUGACAGCGCUGUCAUCGUGCUGAUGGAUGAUGCAACUCUGGCAAAUUACAUCCCCUCCUACAGAGACCGAAUUGCCCUCUUCAAUUUCAGCAAAAGUCUCCUCUCAAAAUGAUUAGAUAGAUUACAUCAGUUUUGGUGCUCACAACAAUGUCUGCAAUGCCGGUUUUGAACGACUUAAUCAGACUGUACUUCAGACUUUCUUUCAGUAACAAAGAAAUACUUGCAAUUUUAGCACAUAACAAUGAUAAAGAGGCUAUAUGAAACUAUCUAAGGCUAAACAUAUUUUACUUUUUUUUACCAUCAAAAUGAAAUUGUGUGUUUCAUAUAUUGAAUGCAUUAUGUAGAAUGUUUCAUGCAGGGACCGCUUUUAUGCGCUUUAGUUGAGAUCUCUUGUAAAGCCUCUUUAACGGUAAAAAGGUUAAAUGUUACUUUUAACAUUGAAAUGCUAGUUUAAAAAGUCGAGCCAUUCUGGUUAUGCUCUUUAUCGACCUGCCUAUCUGGUUAUGACAUUUAACCAUGUUAUUAUUGGUAUUACUAAGAAAAUGUAUUUUUAUAUUAAUUUUUAAUGUGAACUAAAUGUUACUUCUUCCACCACAUUUGUAUUCACGUCUUCAGUUGAAUGUUGAUCUAACGUUGAUCAAGCUCCUUAUCCAUAUGGGUAAAAAGUGAUGGGGUAAAUAAGGUUUAAAAUGCAGUUGUUCAAGAAUGUUACGAAGCAUUUUAUAGUCAUUCAUGUUGGACACAAAUAUAAGAAAGUCAUUAGUCAGCUGGCAUUAAAAACAAUUGUGAAAGAA